GAAUUAGAUCUAGUUAAGUAUAUAGAGGAGCUGUCAGCGCGUCACUUACUACCUACAAGGCGUAUAGUACAGAAUUUCGCAUCCUCUGUUGCCUUACAGCCCUGCUCUAAUAGCUGGGUUCAGUGCUUCCUGCACUGUCAUCGGAAUCAGCUCACGUCCUAA